ACACACGGUUCAUGCAGAACAGGCUUGGCUGUGCUGCCGUGUAUCCGGUGUCCCAUAAAUUGUCCACAAUACCGGGUGGUGAUCAGUGAAUCAUGUAUCUCUCUCUCUCUCAACUCCCCACCUCUUGUUCACUAUCGCAUAAUAGAUGAUAGAUCCAUCUACACUAUAACUCUCAAUCCUUUUGUUUCUCUCGCUAUCUAUCUACUCUACUCUGCAUUCUCCCACUUCUAUAACUCAAUCUCUUCAUGGCAUGCUCACCAAAUUAUGCACCACCUUUCUCCCAGUGCUUCCUUUCACCAAGGAGUCAACAAGACAUUGAAAGAGAUGAACAAAUCUACAGCUCCUAUGAAAAGCUUACCUCCCAACUCCCCAUCUUCAAUGAAUGGCCACCAUAUAGUCUCCAACACUACCAAUCCUUUUGGAUAACUGCCAUGUUCAUUCCUGCAUGCAUGGCCAUCCAAUCCCACUUCAACCCUCGUCCCUCCGAUAUCCUUCUUGUUACCAGCCCUAAAUCAGGCACCACAUGGUUAAAAGCUCUCUCCUUCGCCACCUUACACCGCCACUCCUUCUCCCUCUCCGACCACCCUCUUCUCAGCAACACUCCCCAUCAAUGUGUCCCUUUUCUGGAAUAUCUCUUCUCUCACCGCACCAUCCCUGAUCUUAACGUCUUACCAUCUCCCACCAUCUUUGCUGCUCAUUUACCUUUCCCUUUACUGCCUCGGAGUGCUCUCAGCUGCCGCAUUGUUUAUCUCUGCCGUGAUCCCAAAGACACGUUUGUAUCACUGUGGCACUUCCUUGAGAAGUCGAGGAUUAGCUUGAGUACUGAAGACAAGAGUGAAGGAUUGGAUCUCAACAAGGCAUUCCAACUGUUCUCCCAAGGGAUGGCUCCUGGUGGCCCUUUCUGGGACCGUGUGCUGGGUUACUGGAAGGAGAGCUUGAGAAGACCUGGGAAGGUGCUCUUCUUGAGAUAUGAGGAGAUGAUGGAGGAUCCAGUUUGCCAUUUGAAAAAACUGGCUGAGUUCAUGGGAUGUCCUUUUUCCACAGAGGAAGAAAAAAAUGGAGUAGUUGAGGACAUUGUGAAGCUUUGUAGCUUUGACAACUUAAGAGAGCUUAAGGUAAACAAGGAUAAUAAGGCCAGUUUAGAGGAUAAGAGACCACCACCAUCUUCUUUUUUCAGGAAGGGGAAGGUGGGGGAUUGGGUGAAUUAUUUGAGCAUGGAGAUGGCUGAGUCGUUGGAUGCUAUUACCAAGGAGAAGCUGCACGGAUCUGGUCUUAGCUUUGAGUCUAGCACUGUGCUUCCAUAGCAACUUCUUCUCAAGUUGGCUUGCUUUUCUUUUCUUUUCUUGGAUGAAAUAAGAAAAUGCUCAAGUGAGCCUCUUAAGGCUCAAGUUGAUGUUCAAAUAUUAUUGUCAUAAGUGAGAUUCAAUCAAAAUAUCAAAUGCAUGUGCUUAUCAUUGUGUUUAAUUUAAUUACUCGUGUAUUAAUUAUUGUA